AUGGUUGAAGCUCUCUCGAAGGAGCUGGGUUUGAAUGAACCAACCCAGCAACAUGGGUUUAACGCAGAUCAGCAUGCCGAGAAAGAGCCUCAUAUUCCUAUGUCAAAAACAGAAAUCCACACACUACGAGACGUGGAAGUGGCUGACCACCAAAAAGGGUAUCGUCCGUCGACUGAUUCCUAUGGCCUUCAACAUCCGACCUCAGGUGUUGAUGUCGAACGGGCUGAAAAGGACUUUGCGGAACUAAGCAGAGAACUCAGUGCCAUAAGCCGUCGCAUGUCUCGUACCCAAUCUAAAACGUCAGCUGCCAAAGAAAGAGACCUCGAGAAAGCCACCAGCUCAUCAGAGUACGCUUCAGAGGAUGUCUUUGACCUGGAAACUACUCUUCGCGGCAACAGAGAAGCCGACCAUGCAGCGGGCAUCAAAUCGAAAUAUAUCGGUGUGAUCUGGGAGAAUCUGACUGUUCGAGGAAUUGGUGGCACCAAAAAUUUCGUCAAAGUUUUCCCUGAUGCUUUUAUCGACUUCUUCAAUGUUCCUGGAACCAUUAUGAGCAUCUUUGGGCUGGGCAAAAGGGGCAAGGAGUUCAAUAUCUUGCAAAACUUCCGUGGUGUCGUCAAACCGGGAGAGAUGGUUCUCGUUCUUGGUCGACCUGGAAGUGGUUGUACGACAUUCCUGAAAGUCAUCGCCAAUCAACGUUUCGGCUAUACCGGUAUCGACGGAGAAGUUCUCUACGGCCCUUUCGAUGCGUCAACAUUUUCCAAGCGCUAUCGAGGCGAAGCCGUCUACAAUCAAGAAGACGAUGUUCAUCACCCCACGCUGACGGUUGGUCAGACCCUUGGGUUUGCCCUUGACACCAAAACUCCCGGAAAGCGCCCUGCGGGUAUGAGCAAAGCUGAGUUUAAAGAAAAGAUCAUCAAUCUUCUUCUCAAAAUGUUCAACAUUGAGCACACGAUCCACACCAUUGUUGGCAACCCUUUUAUGCGGGGUAUUUCCGGUGGUGAAAGGAAACGAGUCUCCAUUGCGGAGAUGAUGGUAACUCGAGCCACUGUUUGUGCCUGGGAUAACAGUACACGGGGACUCGAUGCGUCCACUGCUCUCGAUUAUGCCAAGUCGCUACGAAUCAUGACGAACAUUUACAAGACAACGACUUUUGUCUCCCUCUAUCAAGCAUCCGAGAGCAUUUACAACCAGUUCGACAAGGUGAUGGUGAUUGAUGAGGGUCGGCAGGUCUUCUUUGGACCGGCCAAAGAAGCACGAGCAUAUUUUGAAGGAUUGGGUUUUCUGGAAAAGCCGCGACAAACCACACCCGACUACUUGACGGGAUGUACGGAUGAAUUUGAGCGAGAAUACAAACCGGGCAGAUCCCUCGAAAACGCCCCUUCGACCCCGGAUUCAUUUGUGGAAGCAUUCAACCAAUCCGUGUAUUCCGAAAAGUUGGUGAGAGACAUGGCUGACUAUCGGGAGUCCAUCCGCGAAGAGAAGCAGAUAUAUGACGAUUUCGCUGCGGCACACCGGGAAGCCAAACGCAAACACACUCCUAAAAGCUCCGUCUACUCUGUUCCUUUCUAUCUACAAAUCUGGGCCUUGAUGCGACGACAAUACUUGAUCAAAUGGCAGGAUAAAUUUUCGCUGGUGGUUUCAUGGAUCACAUCGAUUGUCGUUGCAAUUAUUGUCGGGACCGUCUGGUUGGAUCAACCCAAAACCUCGGCCGGUGCCUUCACUCGAGGUGGUGUUCUCUUCAUUGCUCUGCUCUUCAAUGCAUUCCAAGCUUUCGCAGAGCUUGCCUCGACCAUGUUGGGUCGGCCUAUUGUCAACAAACACCGAGCAUACACUUUCCACCGACCAGGAGCACUCUGGCUCGCGCAAAUUCUGGUGGAUCUGGCCUUUGCUUCGGUCCAGAUCUUCGUCUUCAGCGUCAUUGUUUACUUCAUGACCGGACUGGUUCGAACGCCCGGUGCAUUCUUCACCUUCGUCCUCAUCAUCAUUGCUGGAUAUCUAUCGAUGACGUUGUUCUUCCGCACUGUUGGCUGUCUAUGUCCCGAUUUUGAUUAUGCCAUAAAAUUCGCCGCCGUCAUUAUUACCCUCUUCGUCAUUACGUCCGGAUAUCUCAUUCAAGACCAAAGUCAGCAAGUGUGGUUGAGGUGGAUAUUCUACAUCAACGCGCUCGGUCUCGGCUUUGCAGCCAUGAUGAUGAAUGAGUUCAUGAGAUUGACCAUGCGUUGCACAUCAGAAUCAUUGAUUCCAUCUGGGCCCGGAUACGACAAUAUUGACAACCAGGUAUGCACAUUGGCCGGAUCUGAAGCGGGAUCUACCGAAGUAUCUGGGACGGCUUAUGUGAAGACGGGUUUUUCAUACAACCCGUCCGAUCUCUGGAGAAACUUUGGUAUCAUUGUCGCCUUGAUCGCAUUCUUUCUCGUCACGAACGUUGUCUUGGGGGAAAUGGUCAAGUACGGAGCCGGUGGUCGCACAGUGACGUACUUCACGAAAGAAAAUCGAGAAAGAAAGGAGCUGAAUGAGAAGCUUCAGGAACGUAAAAGGAGAAGACAGACGAAACAGGAUGCGGAAGACCGCUCCGAGCUCAAUAUUACGUCUAAAGCCGUCUUGACCUGGGAGAACCUUACCUAUGAUGUGCCCACCCCGUCAGGCCCACUUCGGCUUCUGAAAGACGUGUUUGGCUACGUCCGACCAGGACAGCUGACGGCCUUAAUGGGAGCCAGUGGAGCAGGCAAAACAACCCUCCUCGACGUGCUUGCUGCACGUAAGAAUAUUGGCGUGAUUGGAGGCGAUAUCUUGGUGGACGGUCAGAAGCCAGGGAUUGGAUUCCAAAGAGGGACGUCAUAUGCCGAACAGCUCGAUGUCCACGAAUCAACGCAAACGGUCCGAGAAGCUCUUCGCUUCAGUGCCGAUCUCCGUCAGCCUUACGAGGUCCCCAGGGAGCAAAAGUACGCUUACGUGGAAGAAGUUUUGUGCUUACUUGAGCUGGAGAAUCUCGCCGACGCGAUCAUCGGUAACCCUGAAAGUGGUCUUUCAGUUGAAGAGCGAAAGAGAGUCACGAUCGGUGUCGAAUUGGCUGCGAAGCCUCAACUUCUUCUCUUCCUCGACGAGCCCACUUCAGGUCUCGACUCACAAUCCGCGUUCAACAUUGUUCGGUUCUUACGCAAGCUAGCCGCGGCAGGUCAGGCCAUUCUCUGUACGAUCCAUCAACCGAACAGUGCACUGUUUGAGAACUUCGACAGACUCCUCUUGUUACAAAAGGGCGGCGAGACCGUGUAUUUCGGCGAAAUCGGCAAAGAUGCGCAAGUUCUGCUGAGCUAUUUCCGCAAAUACGGCGCGGAUUGUCCUCCCGACGCUAAUCCGGCCGAAUGGAUGCUCGAUGCCAUCGGUGCCGGCAUUGCCCCUCGUAUCGGCAACCGCGACUGGGGGGAAAUUUGGCGGGACAGCGACGAACUAGCAACGGCCAAAGCAGAGAUCGUGGAAAUGAAAACCCAACGUCAACGGGAGGUUGCCAAUGAACCGAAACUGGAUGAAAAGGAAUACGCAUCCCCUCUCUGGCAUCAGAUCAAAGUCGUCUCGUGGCGCACACACCUUGCCUUUUGGCGCUCGCCCAACUACGGCUUUACUCGACUCUUCAACCACGUCGCCGUUGCGUUGUUGUCGGGUCUCGCCUUCUUGCAACUCGACGACAGCCGCUCCAGCUUGCAGUACCGCGUCUUCGUCAUCUUCCAAGUGACCAUCAUUCCGGCCCUGAUUCUCGCGCAGGUGGAACCCAUGUACGAUCUCUCCCGGCUGAUCUUCUACCGCGAAUCUGCCGCCAAAGCAUACAAGCAAUUCCCAUUUGCUCUCGCCAUGGUCUGCGCCGAAAUGCCCUACAGCCUCCUCUGUGCCGUCGGCUUCUUUAUCCCCCUCUACUACCUGCCAGGCUUCAAUGGCUCCUCUUCGCGUGCCGGAUACCAGUUCUUCAUCGUGCUGAUCACCGAGCUCUUCUCCGUGACGCUGGGUCAGAUGAUCGCCGCCCUCACGCCCUCUAGUUUUAUUUCGAGCUUGAUCAACCCGUUCAUCGUCAUUGUGUUCGCGCUUUUCUGCGGUGUGACCAUCCCUAAACCCCAGAUCCCCGGCUUCUGGCGUGCCUGGCUGUAUCAACUCGACCCGUUCACCCGGCUGGUCUCUGGCAUGGUCACCACCGAACUCCACGGCUUACCUGUGGUUUGUACGCGAGGAGAACUCAAUUCUUUCCCCUCGCCCCAGGGCCAGGAUUGUGGCGAAUAUAUGGCUGAUUUCUUCCAAAGAGGCGGCCCGGGGUAUCUUGUCAGCAACGUCAGUGAUGUGUGUCAGUACUGCGCAUAUCGAGUGGGAGAUCAGUUUUAUGAGCCACUGCAGUUGAGUUUUAAUCAUCGCUGGAGGGAUCUGGGGAUUUUCGCGGCGUUUAUCGCGAGUAAUCUGAUCCUCUUGUUUUUAGGAUCGAGAUAUUUGAACUUUAAUAGACGGUAA